AUGCAGAAUUCCACAACUGCUCAGAUUGAGCUGCCGCGGCCUUCCCAGCUCCAAGCUGUGUUGCCGGCUUUUAUGGCUGGCUGGUCAGCAUGGCAAUAUAUCGUGAGCUUCAUUAUUGGAGCUAUGGUUUAUGAUCAAGUCAUGUACAUUAAGCGAAAAGGUCCUAUUGCUGGACCUCCGUUCAAGAUUCCAUUCAUGGGCCCUUUUAUUCAAGCUCUGCAUCCAAAGUUCGACGCGUAUUUGGCACAGUGGGCGAGUGGUCCUCUCAGUUGUGUAUCAGUAUUCCAUAAAUUCGUCGUUCUAGCCUCCGACCGAGAUCUUGCCCACAAAGUCUUCAAAUCACCCGCAUACGCCGAGCCAUGUAUCGUCCCUAUCGCGAAAGACAUUCUAGGUCACAAAGCGUGGGUGUUUCUCCAAGGAAAGGCACACGCCGAAUACCGCAGAGGACUCACUCCUCUCUUCACCAACAAGGCAAUGGCAACCUACCUUCCCGUCCACCACAAAGUCUUGUCCGACUAUUUCGACAAAUUCGUAAAUGCUAGCAAAGCUGAACAAGGGAAGCCACGAGAAUUCAUGACCCUAUUCCGCGAGAUCAACUGUGCACUUUCAUGCCGAACAUUCUUUGGCGACUACAUCUCCCAAGACGCAGUCAAAAAGAUUGCAGACGAUUUCUAUCUCGCAACCGCUGCUCUCGAACUCGUAAACGUCCCUCUAUCUCUCUAUGUCCCCUUCACAAAACCAUGGUACGGCAAACGAACAGCCGAUGCAGUGCAUCUCGAAUUCGCGAAAUGCGCAGCUGCAUGCAAAGCGAACAUGGCACUCGGCGGAACGCCAACUUGCAUCGUAGACCACUGGGUACUACACAUGCUGGAAUCAAAGAAGUACCUCGAACGAGUCGCUGCUGGAGAGGAGAAUGUAGAGAAACCAUCAAACUUAAUCCGCGAGUUCACGGACAUGGAAAUCGGAGAAACGCUAUUCACCUUUCUCUUCGCAUCGCAAGACGCAUCCAGCAGUGCCACAACCUGGCUCUUCCAAGUCCUCGCCCAAAGACCCGACGUCCUCGACCGUCUCCGCGAAGAAAAUCUCGCAGCAAGAGGCGGUGACAAGAAUAAAGGAUUCGACCUACCAAUGCUAGAAUCACUCACCUACACACAGGCCGUAAUCAAAGAACUCCUCCGUCACAGACCCCCAGUCAUCUUCGUCCCCUACCUCGCGACCAAAGAUUUCCCGGUAACACCAGAAUACACGGUUCCCAAAGGCUCCAUGAUUAUCCCAUCGUGCUACCCAGCGCUGCACGAUCCGGAAGUGUAUCCCCAUCCAAACACCUUCGACCCAGAGCGCUGGAUAACAGGCGAUGCGGAGUCCAAGACCAAGAACUGGCUUGUGUUUGGCGCGGGACCACAUGAUUGUUUGGCGAGACGAUACGUUCCGCUUACGAUGGCGGGCAUGAUUGGGAAGGCGGCGUUGGAGUUGGAUUGGAAACACCAUGCUACUGAGAGGUCCGAGGAGAUUAGGGUGUUUGCGACUUUGUUUCCUAUGGAUGGAUGUCCUCUUGUAUUCACCAAACGCACAUAG